AUGGCAAGUGAAACCACAGUCCUGAGGUACAACCCAUUAAUAUUCGAAAACGAAACAGCAUCUAAUGACAACAGUAGCAGAAUAGCCUGCAGCGCUGCAGUGGACAUCGUGUUUCUGAUCGAAUCCUCCGAGCACGUGAAAGGCCGCGAGAACUUCACCCAGAUGCUGUGGUUCGCCUCCAACAUCUCCCACAGUUUCCUCAUCAGCCCUGACUACGUCCUUGUGGCCGGUGUGGUGUUCAGUGAUGUGGCCAGCAAGAUGUUUGACCUCAAGGACCACAGGGACAAAGAUAACGUUCAGUCGGCUCUACUGAACAGUCCUUAUAUGGAGCGAGAGAGCAGGACAGACGAGGCACUGAGCCUGGUGGAGCAAGGCGAAAUGUUUGGUCUAUAGGCCGGUGGUCGCUACAACGCUGCCAGACUUGUCAUUGUCAUCAUGGCCGGCUCCUCGAGCAGGCCGG